CAGCUCGUCACGUUGUUUUGAAUUGAAACGUGCUGCAUUAGUAGUUCGAAUUUAUUUUCAUUUUCGUUUGAAAUUCUUAUGAAAACUGUCUAGAAUUUUCACGUUUGCUCUUAUUUGUUACUGUGGUCUUUUUGUUAACUGUAUUCACGUUUGAAAUUGAACUAACGUCAUGACGAUCGACCAGAACCUAGAAAUCAACCUAGAUCCGACCAACCUACAGUUUUCCGUUUUCAGUUCGGAAGACAUCAAACGUAUCAGUGUCACCAAAAUUGUUACAACGCGGUCGUUUGACGAGCUGGGCCAUGCAAUUCCCGGUGGACUGUACGAUGCAGCGAUGGGUCCUUCUGGACGUGGUGAGGUGUGUGCCACCUGUGUCAAGGAUAUCGCACAUUGCGAGGGACAUUUUGGACAUAUCGAAAUAUGCCUACCAGUGUUCAAUCCAUUCUUCGUUAAAACUGUCUAUAACUUGCUGAGAAUUUGUUGCACCAGUUGCUUUCGAUUGCAGCUGCAAGAUUCGAUGAAAAGUUUACUGGAAUUGCAACUGCAGCUAGUGGAUGCCGGUUACAUUGUCGAGGCAGAAGAAUUGGAGAUUUUCAAGAAAAAGUCGACCAUGGAUCCAUCCGUGAUGCCGGAAGGGGUAAACUAUUAUACGGAGUUGCUGAUGAAUCAACCUUAUAAUAAGUUGGGGAACACAAAAAAUUCGGAAGCCAUCCGAGCCGCAAUCGUUAAUGCAACACUAAAAGAAGGUAUCAAGCCGUUCUGCAUUCACUGCAAGGAACAGAUUCGUAAAGUUCGAGUGUCUAAUAAACGACUGGUAUUCAGUAUGAAUAGAUCCGAGAUGAAAGCUUUUUACGAAAAACAAGGUAUGCAGAAUAUCAGUGAUGAAAAGAUAAAAGCCACAAAUCGAGUCAUUUUUGCCGAAGAGUGUCAAAAAUAUUUCUGUAAAUUGUACCAGAACGACGGCUCUCUGCUCAAGCUUCUGUUUCCUAUUCUCGCUCACGGUUCUCACUCGAUGAAACAUUCGACCGAUUUGUUCUUUAUGGACGUGAUUCCGGUACAACCACCCAUGGUCAGACCGGUGCGACGCGUCGAAGGUAUGGAGAUUCUGGAACAUCCGCAGACCUCAAUUCUAAGAAAUAUAAUGAUGGCAAAUGCUACACUCAGAGCUGUUUUAGUGAUAACAAAAAAGGAAGAUGAUGAAACUGGCGUUAAUUCGGUUGAAGUUGACAUGAAAAAUGUGUACGACGCUGCGAGAGGCGAUGGGGCAUUCGAAAAGUUGUAUCACGCCUGGGUAGAUCUUCAAGGAUUUGUGGACCAGUCCUUGGAUAUCAAUAUGGCCCAGGACAAGAAUAAAGCCCGUGGUUCGGGUUUGAAACAAAUUAUAGAAAAGAAAGAAGGUCUGGUACGAAUGCAUAUGAUGGGAAAACGAGUAAAUUAUGCAGCAAGAACGGUCAUCACACCUGAUCCGAACAUUGGAGUAGAUGAAAUCGGAAUACCGGUGACAUUUGCAAAGAGGCUUACGUAUCCUGUACCGGUGACCCCGUGGAAUGUUGCCGAAUUGCGGAAAAUGGUUUUGAACGGUCCAGAUGAGUAUCCGGGAGCGAAUAUGAUCGAAGAUUCAAACGGUCAAUUCAGUAAAAUCUCUUCAAUGAACACAACUCAAAGGCAGUCGAUGGCAAAGACUUUGCUUACACCACAUAGCUCAAAUCAACAGGGCGUUAAAAUUGUGCAUCGCCAUUUGCUCAACGGGGAUGUUCUUCUACUCAACCGGCAACCGACUCUGCAUCGUCCCAGUAUAAUGGCGCAUAAGGCAAGGAUUCUGAGUGGCGAGAAAAUUUUUCGACUACAUUACUCCAACUGUAAAUCUUACAAUGCCGACUUCGACGGAGAUGAAAUGAAUGCCCAUUUUCCGCAGGACGAGUUAGCCCGUAGUGAGGCGUACAAUAUCGUAGCCGUACCGCAUCAGUACCUGGUUCCGAAGGAUGGCACUCCACUUGGUGGACUGAUUCAGGACCAUAUAGUGUCUGCAGUAAAACUGUUCAUUAGGGGAAAGUUUUUCAACCGAGAUGACUACCAGCAGUUGGUUUUUCAGGCGUUGAGCAACCACCGUGGCGAUAUAGAAUUGCUUCCACCCACGAUUUUAAAACCGACGAUUCUUUGGUCUGGAAAGCAGAUCAUUUCAACCAUCGUAAAGAAUAUAAUUCCUAAAAAUAUGCCUCACAUCAACAUGAUAGGGACGGCCAAAUUGGGUAGCAAACAUUGGCAAACGGAGCCGGGUCGGCAGUGGCUUGCCGGUGGGAGUCCCACAGUAGGUAACGAGAUGUCAGAGACGGAGGUUUUCAUUCGCAAUGGGGAACUGUUGGUUGGAAUUCUAGAUAAGAACCAUUUCGGAGCCACGCCGUACGGUCUAAUCCAUUGCAUAUAUGAGUUAUAUGGGGGAAACUGCUCCUCCUUACUUCUCUCUUCUCUGUCCCGAUUGUUUACUUACUAUCUUCAGUGGGAAGGUUUCACCCUUGGCGUUAGAGAUAUUCUGGUACAAAAACAUGCCGACAAAAAGAGAACAAAGAUUAUCAAAGCCUGUAGGAUGAUUGGACAUGCCACUGCAGCUUCGGCUUUGAACCUUCCAUUGAAUGUUUCCGAAGAAGAAUUGAACACGAAAAUGAUAGAAGCGUACGCCAGAAACCCCAAGUUUCGUUCAAUUCUUGAUCGGAAAUACAAAUCUGCUCUGGACACCUACACCAAUCUGGUCAACGAGACUUGCAUUCCUAGCGGGUUGAUUACCAAAUUUCCAGAAAAUCACCUUCAGUUGAUGGUUCAAUCAGGAGCAAAAGGAUCUACGGUUAAUACGAUGCAGAUUUCCUGUUUGCUUGGACAGAUCGAGUUGGAAGGUAAGCGACCUCCGUUGAUGAUAUCCGGAAAAUCUUUGCCAAGUUUCGCUAGUUUCGAGACAUCGCCGAAAUCUGGAGGAUUCAUAGAUGGUCGGUUUAUGACUGGAAUUCAACCGCAAGAUUUUUUCUUCCAUUGUAUGGCUGGACGGGAGGGUCUUAUCGAUACGGCUGUGAAAACCAGCCGUUCCGGGUACCUCCAACGCUGUCUGGUGAAGCAUUUAGAAGGACUCAAUGUAAACUACGACAUGACCGUUCGGGACAGUGAUAACAGUGUGAUACAGUUCAUGUACGGCGAAGAUGGUAUGGACAUCUCUAAGGCUCAGUUCAUAGAAAAUUCGAAUCAUCUCGAUUUUCUGGACCUGAAUCGAGAAGUGAUCGUCCAAUCGGAUCUGAUAGCAAAGUUGGUCAAUGACGACGAGUUGAACGAUCGGAUUAAAGCUCAUGUCAAGAAGAUGAAAUCUUGGAGCAAGAAAAACGGUCCUGUUCUCCAAAAGCGCCGAAUUUCGGCAUUCUCCAAAUUUGCUGCGGACAUUGGUGAUUCAAUUCGUACCGGAUUGUCAAACCCUAACCAAGUGAAGGGUAAAACGGGACGUACUCGAAUUACCGAAAAAAUCAUCAAGAAAUGGAGAAAAACAGACCUGGAUGAAAAAAACAAAUAUUUUCGCAAAUCCGCUCCUUGUCCGGAUCCAACCUUUUCCUUAUUCCGCCCGGACAGCUGUUUCGGAUCCCUCAACGAGCACCUGGAAGCGCUAGCAAAAACAUAUACCACAUCCCAGAAAUCCAAUCUAAACAUAAGGGAAUUGGUUCAGAUCAAAAACAGUUUCGCUCUCGCUGCCCCUGGUGAACCGGUUGGCGUCUUGGCCGCCCAAUCCAUCGGUGAGCCUUCAACUCAGAUGACACUGAACACAUUUCACUUUGCCGGUCGAGGUGAAAUGAAUGUCACCCUGGGAAUUCCUCGUCUUCGAGAAAUUCUGAUGCUGGCGUCUCAACGUAUCAAAACUCCUUCAAUGGAAAUCCCAUUCCGGACGCGCAGUGCACGGAAACUGGAAAUCAUCGCCGAAAAGAUGCGCCAAACACUGAAUCGGGUAACGGUAGCGGACGUGUUGGAGGAUAUCAAAGUAAAUUCUCGUCUCGUUCUAAAACCUUCCCGAGGAAUGCAGCAUAUAGUAAGGUUCAACUUUUUACCUCAGGAUGCCUAUUCGCAUGAUUUUCGCGUCAACCCGAAAGAAAUCCUGCAAUACAUGUCAAGACACUUCUUCAAAAUCAUGUUUCGUUACAUCUUCCGAACGGCUAAGACUAAAAACGUGUUAAUAGACAUCGAACAGGAAUCCUCUGCCAAGCCUAGCUCUUUCUCCAGCGAGAACGACGAGGUGGUGGAUAACAGAGUGCCGGAUAUGUCCCGGUUGGAGGAUGACGGUGGAAUAAGCUCCGAAGAGGAAACCGGCGGGAAUGAUGCCGAUGCCGAUGCGACGGAAUCACGUUUAAAAGACAAGAAAAGUGACGACGUUGGGUACGACACGGAGGAAGAGGAGGAUAGUAACGACGAUGAAAACUUGCCAGAUUCACCAGAACAUAAUCCGGAAAACGAAAACGACGACCGCAAACUCGAAGAAAACGACGAUGAAAUAAUCAAUGGUGAAGAGCUCAAUGUUUCCGAUACCAAGCUAGUGGAAGAAAACGAGAAAAAACUGGUCACCAAGCUUAACGAUAUGGUCAAUGACUACGUUUAUGAUAAGAAACAUCAUCGAUGGUGCAUCGUCACAUUUCAUAUACCCUUGAAGUAUAAAGAUAUCGACUUCACGAAAAUCAUGCGGGAAAUAGCCGAGAAGAGUGUUCUUUGGGAGAUUCCUAACAUUCGCCGUGCAAUCACGUACAUCCAGAACGACCAAAUGUACCUCAAAACCGACGGAAUCAACAUCUUCGCCAUGACCAAGUACAACAAAAUACUGGACCUCAAUCGUCUCUACUCGAACGAUAUCUACGCCAUCGCGCAAACGUACGGUAUUGAGGCUGCCUCCCGGGUUAUCGUGAAGGAGGUCCAGAACGUGUUCAAAGUGUACGGAAUCACAAUAAAUCCGCGUCAUUUGCUGCUGGUGGCCGAUUACAUGACGGCUGAUGGAACAUUCAAACCGAUGAGCCGCAAAGGAAUGGAGAACAAUGUGUCCCCGUUGCAGCAAAUUUCGUUCGAGUCGUCAAUUCAAUUUUUACGGGCAGCCGCCCUUAAGAGCAACGACGACCAUCUAGAUUCGCCAUCGUCCCGCUUGAUGUUGGGUCAGCUUUGUAAAAGCGGUACAGGAUCUUUUGGAGUGUACAGUAAAGUACAGUUAUAACGUAAUGUUAGUGACUGUUUGGAAAAUGCUUUUGAAAAAUAUAUCAUCAUUGGAAGACA